UCCUGACAAUUGAAUUCUAGAGAGAGAAACACCGAAAUUCUAGAGAGAGAACCUUUACAUCCUCUCCAGCAAUGGCGGGUUCCAGGGUUUCUAAUUCCAGGGUUUUGUGAGCGCCAGAGUCUGAAAUAUCUCGAUGGACAUGCCUGCUAGAAGAUCGAACUACACGCUCUUGAGCCAAGUCCCCGACGACCAGUUCGGCACCGUCCCCGGAGCUUCGACGACGUCGUUCUACGAGUCGUUGUCCGGAGAGGGCAAGAACAACAACAAGGGGAAGGCGGAGAGGGGGUUCGAUUGGGACGCAGUUGGCGAUCACAGGGCGAACCGGAUCGGAAACGUCUACUCGUCGAUCGGGCUGCAGAGGCAAUCGAGCGGUAGCAGCUUCGGAGAGAGCUCUCUCUCCGGGGAGUACUACGCGCCGACUCCGUCUACUGCUGCGGUGGCGAACGAGAUCGAAGGCUUCGGUUACUUUCAGGAGGACGUGCUGUUCAGAGUGGGCGGCGGCGGCGGAGAAUUGAGAGCGAAGGCGGUGGGGAACACGGGAGGAGGGUCGUUCUCUGGGAAGAGCUGGGCGCAGCAGACGGAGGAGAGUUACCAAUUGCAACUGGCUCUGGCACUGAGGCUUUCGUCAGAGGCGACCUGUGUCGAGGAUCCUAAUUUCUUGGAUCCUGUGCCGGACGAAUCCGCCCCGAGGACGAGUUCGAUCGAGGCCGUGUCUCAUCGAUUCUGGGUGAAUGGCUGCCUGUCAUACUUUGACAAAGUCCCUGAUGGGUUUUAUUUGAUUCAUGGGAUGGAUCCAUAUGUGUGGACUGUUUGCACUGAUCUUCAAGAGAGGGGUCGUAUUCCAUCAAUUGAAUCACUAAAGUCUGUUGACUCAACCACUGAUUCAUCAAUUGAAGUGGUUUUGAUUGAUCGACGUAGUGAUACAAGCUUAAAGGAACUCCAAAAUAGGGUUCUCAGCAUUUCUUGUAGCUGCAUAACCACCAAAGAGGUUGUCGAUCAGCUUGCAAAGCUCGUCUGCAACCGCAUGGGGGGUUCAGCCUCCACAGGAGAAAAUGAUUUUUUCCCCAUAUGGAAAGAGUGCACUAAUGAUUUAAAGGAUUGCUUGGGAUCUGUUGUCAUUCCAAUAGGUAGCCUAUCUGUCGGCCUCUGCAGACAUCGUGCUAUAUUGUUUAAAGUGCUAGCUGACGCAAUUGAUCUACCAUGUCGAAUAGCCAAGGGCUGUAAAUACUGCACAAGAGAUGAUGCUUCCUCUUGUCUUGUUCGUUUUGGGCUCGACAGGGAAUAUCUGGUUGAUUUGAUUGGGAAGCCAGGCUACUUAUGCGAGCCAGAUUCCUUGCUCAACGGUCCUUCUUCCAUCUCAAUUUCUUCGCCAUUGCGCUUUCCACGACUUAAACCAGUUGAACAUACCAUUGAUUUCAGGUCACUGGCCAAGCAGUUUUUCUCAGACUGCCAAUCACUCAAUAUUGAAUUUGAUGAUCCAUCCACAGGAACUGCUGUCGAUGAAGAUCCUGGGGUUUCCAUGCGUCCCAAGCAGCAUGAUGUGAAGUACACUGACGGGAACGAGAAUAUGCUAAUAACGAGUGAUGAUCAUGAAACUUCUCGUUUUACACUGCACCCUGCUCAGCCAAGUGCCCAGGAUCAAGAUUCUGAACUGUUCAAAUCUUGUAAUCCUGCUCAGAAUAUUACACACUCGACUACCAUGGUCAAAGAUACAGCCCAUCUUAAACAUGUUCCACCAAUUGGGCGGAGAGAAGUUCAACCACUUUUUGUAUUGUCUAAUUCAAGGCUGGAUGCUGUUAAGGAUUCGAGGUUCAUUGAGGGAGGUCAGCUCGUUCCUGGUAAAAGUGCAGAGCCUUCUCUUGAUAUAGAGGAUUUCAACAUACCAUGGAGUGCUCUUGUUCUAAAAGAGAGAAUUGGAGCAGGUUCUUUUGGAACUGUCCAUCGUGCUGAUUGGAAUGGCUCGGAAGUUGCUGUGAAGAUUCUCAUGGAACAAGACUUUCAUGCUGAACGAUACAAAGAAUUUUUGAGGGAGGUUGCAAUAAUGAAACGCCUACGGCAUCCGAAUAUUGUUCUUUUUAUGGGUGCGGUCAUUCAGCGCCCAAACUUAUCCAUAGUCACAGAAUAUCUAUCAAGAGGUAGCUUGUAUAGACUUUUGCAUAAGCCUGGGGCUAGAGAGAUGUUGGAUGAGAGGCGUCGGUUGAGCAUGGCUUAUGAUGUGGCAAAAGGAAUGAAUUAUCUUCAUAAAAGCAACCCUCCGAUUGUUCAUCGAGAUUUAAAAUCACCCAAUCUUCUAGUUGACAAAAAGUACACAGUAAAGGUUUGCGAUUUUGGUCUCUCCCGACUAAAGGCAAACACGUUUUUGUCAUCGAAGUCAGCCGCUGGUACUCCUGAGUGGAUGGCCCCAGAGGUUCUUCGUGAUGAGCCAUCAAAUGAAAAAUCAGAUGUUUACAGCUUUGGUGUAAUCUUAUGGGAGCUUUCAACAUUGCAGCAGCCAUGGAGUAAUUUGAAUCCAGCACAGGUUGUGGCAGCCGUCGGCUUUAAGGGAAAAAGGCUCGAGAUUCCACGUGAUUUGAAUCCUCAAGUGGCUUCAAUAAUUGAGGCGUCCUGGGCCAAUGAACCCUGGAAACGACCAUCCUUUUCCAGUAUCAUGGAAUCUUUGAGGCCAUUGAUUAAACCUUCCACGCCUCAACCAGGUCCAUUAAGUACCUGAAGGGUUAAAAGAUGUGAGAGGACUUAUUCAUGCACAUAAUACAGCAUUCUUUUGACUUUUGAUGUCUGCCAGGAGGCAAUACAAGCUCUUCAUAUAGUCUCAGGUCAGGUGCACCUAAAACUUCAGCUUUUGGUUUCCAAUAUUUAGUGGUGCCCAAGAUUUUGACCUCCUUGUAGCAUAUAUAGAUAUUACCAGGCGGAAAAGGGGGCCGAAGGCCUUGGAAUCUUAAGCAGCCUUAAAAUUUCAACUUUAUGUGAGAUUCCAGGUCUGCAUUUUCUUUUGCCUCUGAAGUUCUUGGCAAUUAGUGAAGUGGAACGGUGUAGCUUACAAGGAACUGCCUGAACUUGAGGUUUCCUCUUCAAGUGAUGUGUGACACAUCUUAUUUGGGAAUGGCUCAUGCAGAUGGGUAAUUGUUUGUUGUACUCGUACCUGUGGAAGCCACCUGGCAGUGGCUGCAAUGUUGAAUGAAAUCUAGGAAUGGCAUAUGCACGUUGUAGGGGUUUGAAUUUCAAAGUUGUUUCUUGAGAAGAAUAGUAAAUGUUGGCAGUCUUAAGGCAAUAUGAUAACGGUUAUUUUCCUCUGCCUCCCCCCCCGGGGUAGGGGGUGGGUUGGGUGUUCAGCGAGUAUAUCCUGGUUGUCAUUUAGUUUUGUUUAUGCUUAAUGGCCAUUUUUUAAAUUCCUGAUGGAUUGUAUUGUUUUGAUUGUUUGCAGAAUCAAUGUUGUACAUGUCUUCUAAUUGGUAAUUGAGAACCCCGAUUUUUUUACGCAAAGCAAGGAACUGCCAUCUACAUAAUAUUGUUUGCAAGGUCGUUCUGUUGUGCCAUAAUGGAAAACUGUACAAAUACUUUCAUAAUUUUGUAUGUAAAGAGUUAGAAUUAGUUGAUGGGAAGCGACUUUGCCGGCGUUGUACACCAGAUGAGCUUCUUUACAUGUAUUUACUUGUACCAAUUGUGAAAUGCAGUCAAUUGGUUAGCUUCCGACUAA